CGACCCCGCCCCGCGUCCGGUGAGCCAGCGCCCGCGUCCGGUGGCCUGGGCGACGCUGUGAGGCGGCCAGGGUGCAGCCAUGUACCGGCUGCCCGAGUCUAAGAGGAAGCGGUGGGACAAGCAGGCCCCUUCCCGGCAGGACGUACAAACCGCCUGUGUCCUCCCCUCUCCGGGGGCUGGUGAAGGCGGCCCUGCUCUCCCGGAUCGGCAAUCGGCGCCGCGGGCGACGGUCGCAGGCUCGGCGGGUGCCCGGGACAACAACCUACCGGCACCCGCACGCCCUCGUCCUUUGCUGCGCUCCGUGACCUCCUCCACAGGCGGGUCGCCGCCUUCCUCCGGGACCGGUAGUUCUCAAAAACAUACCAGCAUGUUUGCCCACAAAAACAGACCUAGAGAGCAAUCAGGAUUACAGUUAGGGAUGUGGUACUGGAAAGAUGAAACCAAAACUCUUGAAUUCAGAAGUUUUAUAUCUUCAGUAGAACUCAAGGAAAAAGGAAAGAAAGGCAAAGCCGUUCACUUUGCUGAAACUGAUGGCCCCGCUUCAGAAAGGUUGACAGAUAAAAGGCUCUCUUCAAGAGAGGAUAAGUCAGCGAAAGCCUUAGAGAAACGAGGUCAGCAGGGCAACGUUACACUGGAUGAUGUUAAAUUUGUUGCUUUGCUUUUGCUACAAGAUACUGAGAUGCAGAAGAUCUGUUCUUUUACAACGUUUAUGAGAAAUAAGAAUCUUGACAAUUUCCUCAUGGCAUUAUUAUACUAUUUAUCUCAUUACUUGGAAAAAAACUCGCUGGAAAAGAAGCCCGAAAGCUAUAUGGUGGGCCUUGUAGAGAAAAAAGAGAUGGAGCUGGUUUUAAGUAAGUUAGAAGCAGCACAGAAAUAUUUGGCUCAGAAGUACUGUGUCCUCGUGCUAGGGUUGGGCAUGCCCGAUAAGCAUCACAUGUGCUGUGGAAAGGAGAAAAUGUCAGACACACAAAAAGACUGGAAAUUCUUCGAGUCCUUAUUCACUUUCUGUACACAUGUAGCAUGGAUUGUCUUCCAACGUCAACACUUGACAGAAAUCGAGGAAGAAAUAGGAAGGCUCUUCCGCUCUAAUAUGUUCAACAUUCCUCGAAGGAAACGGGAAGAUGAAGAAUCAGGAGGGGAGAAGAAACGCAUGACUUUUGUACAAUUCAGGCGAAUGAUGGCAAAACGCCCAGCCAUUAAAAAAGCCGUUAACAUGCGUUCUCCAGUCCUGUCUACUCUGCUGCCAUCUCUCAGAGAAAAAGCUCAGAAUAUCGUUGAGAAAAAGUAUCAUCUAGUAGGCAUCAAACUCCCAGGCCGGGUACAAAAACACAUGCAAAGUCUGGACUCUGUGCCCAUGUCAGUAGUUGGCAUUUUGGGGGAGCCACGAUGUCUGUUCAACCCUCAUACCCUUCUCCCUCUUGAACCAAAAGAAAAUGCAAAAUCAUCUAAAAGACUUCCAUCCCUGGUAGAGAGAAAUAACAACCAGAUUCAGGACACACUGGAGUCAUGAAAACAUUGUCUUCUUAAAUAUGCCCUAAAUAAUCUGGUAUAUUCCACUUCUGUAAUCAAGUCCCAGCACUUCAGGUAAACUACUUCAACUUAACUGCUUGAUAUAGGAUCAAUAUGUGUGUUAUUAUUAUUAAACUUUUUAAGUUAUUCAAGUUAA